AUGGCUGAUAUCUUAGUUCUCAGGGGAGCCGAAGCUCUUCGUAGAGUGUCUUUUCGUAACGACAUCCAAAGAUUCCCGAUCCGCACCCUAACAGAGAUGGCCGAUUCUGCAAGCAAUUCCGUACACGCGCAGCUUGCUAAGUCCGAGGGCGCUCAGACUGACGACGAGACUGCCCUAACACCCGACGAUACCACAACCCCGUCCCUAAGCUCUUCGCCUUUCCAGCAAGCUGUGGUUGAUCCCCCUAAGCUAGACGAUGGACAUAAAAGCCCUCGGAUGUCGAGGAAUCCCUCCUUCUCUGGGAGCAGCUCCUACCAUGAAGACUGGGAUUCUUACCCUCCCCUUGACCGGUUGACCGUUCUAGACUUGCUCGACAAUUUCGCUUUACCACAACAAUUGGAAAAGUUGCAAAAGGGGAUUUCGGCUCAGACCGAAAAGGUUCGCAAAUCGCGAGCCGCCCUCAAAAGCAAAAGCCAGGAGGCGAGGGAGCGUAUGGUCGAAGAAUGGCGACGACGAGUACCUUCAGCCGAUGAGCAAUUGGAGAGGUACAGAAAGCGUAUGAAGCAGAGCGUCGAAAGGUUGGGCCGUAGAUGGAACGAUACCAAAGUUGUCACCUUGCGCGAGAAGGUCUCCUUCAUCGGCGGCGUCAUGAACAUUUUCAUCAGUGGCUACUUGAUAGGCGCCUAUCCCGAAUUCUUUCAUCUCUGGUACGGGGCUCAGCUCAUCUAUUUCAUGCCUAUCCGUUUCUAUACCUACCGCCGGCGUGGCUAUCAUUACUUUUUAGCCGACCUCUGCUACUUCGUCAACCUCUUGCUCUCUCUCAGUAUCUGGAUAUUCCCAUCCUCCAAGAGGUUGUUUAUCGCUGCUUACUGCUUAGCAUUCGGGAACAACGCCGUGGCGAUCAUUAUGUGGCGUAAUUCGCUCGUGUUCCACGACUUCGACAAAGUCACCUCUCUGUUCAUCCAUAUCAUGCCCGUUGCCACAUUGCAUUGCAUUACCCAUCUGUUCCCUCCCGAUGCGCAACGUGAACGAUUUCCUGCGCUCUGGACCGUCAAAACUUCUCCCCCAGGCUCCCCGACUGCGUAUGGUAACCUUAUAUCGAUGCUUGCCUGGUCUACCAUUCCGUACGCCAUUUGGCAGUUUAGCUAUUAUUUCUUUAUCACGGUUCGAAGGCGCGAAAAGAUCGCGGCUGGACGGCCUACAUCCUUUACCUGGCUCCGUCGAUCAUACUCGAAGACCUGGAUCGGCAAAAUUGUGCUCUCGCUACCAGAUAGCUUGCAGGAGUUCGCGUUCAUGAUGAUUCAGUACAUAUACGCCGUACUGACAAUGUUACCCUGUCCCUUAUGGUUCUAUAGCCGAUGGGCGUCAUCCACUUUCCUCAUGAUUGUCUUCACGUGGAGUGUCUACAAUGGUUCGACGUAUUAUAUCGAUGUGUUCGGCAAACGAUUCCAAAAGGAACUCGAAGAGUUGAAGGCCGAAGUUGCUAAGUGGCAGAAUAGCCCUGAUGGGCUUGGUUCUCCGACAAUAGCACCGACACCGGCGCCCGAACUCGAUGAGAAGAACGACGCUACAGAUAUCGAAAGAGUCGAAAAGGCUGUCCGAGUUCAAGACCCUGCCAGCGGAAGGCGUUUAAGUGUGGACGAGAUCCCACUAUUACACGAUGAGAAUCCGAACAAAGAGAAAGGCUCUCCUGAAAAGAAUGCAGCAACUAGUGGGAUUGACAACGGAAACGAAGAUGCUGUACGAGCUAGGAACCCCACGGGAGCAGUGACAUCACAAAAUAGUCGUCCUUAG